AUGAUCCUGGCAAAGCUCUCCAUAGCCGACAACUCCAUUCCACCAGUAUAUAUCUUGAAUCUGUACGCUCGCUCAGGCAUAUUCGCUGAAGAAACCUCACAACACAAUCAAUUCUACAAGAGAACAGUAGAGAUGUUGCUAACAAUGCCUGAAAUUAUCCCUGACCUGAUAAUGGCGGGCGACUUUAACUAUAGCUUUGACAGCUCAUCAAACCACGCUACUAGGCGCAUAGCAAAACCGAAACAUCUCAUCAAUUUUAUAAGGGGGUAUAUGAAUGACUGUAUUAACACAAAAGAUGAAAAGUAUACCUAUACCUGUAUUCAAAAGCGGCGCGAAUGGGUUACCUUAUCUACAAUCGACUACAUCUUUGCUGGCACCAACACUCACAAAAAGAUGCACAACGGGGACGUGGAAUUCUUCAGCUAUGUAUACACCGACCACGCUCUAAUCACGAUUACAUUGACAGUGGAAAUGAGCAACAAUGGAAAAGGCAUAUGGAGAGCAAACCCACACCUGGCUAAAAACAAGAGAUUCACCAAGAAGCUAUCAAAGGAAAUCAACAACUAUGUACAACACAAGCUGGACCCGGAUCUUUCUGCACAAGUCAAAUGGGAUUUAAUCAAGAACAUGGUCAAGAAAGUUACAACAAAUUUCUGCCGCCAUCACAACCAAUGGAGAGAGAUUAAAUUGAAACAAUUGAACAGUGAAAGGAACAGAGUACUUCGACUCUAUGGAAAAGAUCCCCUAACAUUGAAGGUACUACUACCACCUAUACACCAGGAGAUCAGCAAAAUCCAAGAAGAAAAGUACAACAUUAGCAAAUUGAGAGCAGGCAAGCGCUGGAUGGAGCAGAAUGAAAAUUCACCUGCAUACAUCAAGAAAACCAUUGACAGGCGUCUAGAAACGAAGACAAUGCCCAUACUGAAACACCUAACUACUCUAACAGAGUGCACUGACACCAAGUCGGAACUGGAUGCCGUCCAUACCUUCUAUUCCAAAUUGUAUAGCCCUGAACGGAUCGAUAUAAAUAGCAUGGAAGACAUACUGAACCACAUUACUGUAUUUAUUUCCCAGGAGGAAAGCGAUCAGAUUAUUGAUGACAUUCCGUUUGCAGAGAUAUUUGAGGGAACCUGUAGGAGCCCCAAGUCUAGCUGCCCUGGCUUGGAUGGACUUCCAUAUGAAAUCUUACAUGUCAUAGCAAGUCAAUCGAUAUGCUAA